UAAUUAUGUGAUACAAUUAAAUUUUAAAAAUUUUACUUGCAUGUCAAUGUUAUCAAGUAUCAACGAUUUAAAUAGGUUUAUAAAUAAAUUGGUACUAAUUAGCAUGCUUGUAGUUAAAAGUAUUCAUAAACACCCCAUAAUGUUUGUUUCGUUCAACGCAUAAAUCGUAUGCAUAAUUUUCCGGAUAAAUUAGUUUUAUUAACUUUGUGAGAGAUUUUAUAAUUCUUACUGAACAUUGUACGAAGAGCAUUGUAUACAAUGUAAAAAAAAAUCAUGUCUUUCCGAAAUAAAUAUGGAACUACAUAUUUUUGACUGCUUGACGAAUUUCGAUCGGCACGAAAAAAUAGAUAAAAACGCAUACGUCAAAAAUGUCAAAUGUCAAAACAAAUAGAACAAGCUGGGCAAUGUGCUUUAUCUUGUUUAUUGCCGGGUCCAGAAAAUCAGUAAUAAAUAUCUACUAAUUGCCAGGACAAGUAGUUUCAAAUAGUACCUAUCUCAAAACCUUGCAUCAAGUACAUUUUGCACAAAAUGAGAGACCCUUCAUUUGAUAAAGACGCGCCUGAUAGUUCAGUGCUUUCAAUGCAAGAAACUUCAGUGGAUAAGGCAACGGGCGGAGAGACAGCAGCGCCUUUACCAGGGCUGGACUACGAAAUAGAGGUUAUAUUACAAGUACCUGAAGUUGAAGAAUCUCCAUUUGGCCAAUACGUUAAGGAGUGUCCGGUAUGCAAGAAUGCUGUGCGCUGCUACUUCAUCAAUUUUAACGAAAAAGUAGUAUUGUGUGAGAACACAACAUGCUCUUGGCCGUUCGGUUAUGAAGAGCCUCAAUGCUUGAAACAUGACGAAGCACUCUCUGCCGACGAAGAAGUUGAAAGCCUCAAAGUGAUGACAUAUGGGCCUAUACCACCUUCAGGAUCAAUCAUAUCUACGAUGGCCUGGUCAGAAAUGGAUAGGUCUAACAAAGGUCUGGAUACGGAUGACCCGGGCAGCACUCCAAGUCACUUGAGUGAUGCGGAAAGAGAUGCCAAGCUGCAAGAGGUCUUGAAACAGAAGGAGGCAGAUCUACAGACUAAGAAGAACCUUCAGGAUAUUAAGAAGUUAAAUGUACAGCUCCAAAAAACCUAUGAAGAUGAAGAUGAAGUGUCAUGUAUCCGUAACGAGCAGUGGAUCAAACACCUCAAAAACCUGCAGAAUAUGUCCGGCAUGCAGCUGCUUCGUAAAGAAGAACUCGCUAUACUUAAAGAAAAAGAACUUCAGGGACUGACUAUGGACAUAGAUGCUGUGAAUACUGCGAUAGUUAUUAAUAUAGCUCCGUCAACAUCAACUGAGCCAGCGACAAUUGAUUGUACGAUCGAUUCAACUCUGUCUAAAGAAGAAUUCACUUUAAAAGAAUCUACUACUGUAAAGGAUACUGCGGACAAAAUGAAAUCAAUCACUAUAAAGGAACCAAUUAUUAUAAUAAAUUCAACUAUUUUAGAACCAACUCCCCAAGUAUCAGAUGUAUCAGAAUCAAAUACUAAAGAAUUAAGUAAAUCUAAGGACACAAUUGAUACUAUGGAAUGUGACAAGAUAGAAGAUAAAGUUACGGAUCCCUAAAUGCUGAUACAACCCGGUUUAGAACCUGGAAAAUCGACAAUAGGCGAAUUGGGUCCUGUUAAGAUGGCAUCUGCGGAGGUUGACCUGCAAGAUUUAUUUAUGGUGAAUCCUAGAGAUAUGGAACUAAUGAGAAUAGAUCUACCUCAGUCACACCUCGGACACUGGCGAUUAAAUAUAUAAAAGAGGCGCGUUCCUAGGUGAACGCGUAUAUAUUUAUACCAUGCUUGUAGGAGUGAAAUAUGACAGGUCGACUGGCGUUUUUGACAGUCGGUAACUGUGAGGUAACCGAGAGGGGCUGGGCGGCACUUUCAGCGGGGAGCGGGAGUGGCCAUACUGUACGAUAGUACUCUUUAUUAUGCUGUGCCUAAGUGGUGAAAUAAAAUACAAGGGUUAGCCAGUACAGUAUCCACGACGAUUCUACUAAAGAGACUAUAAUGUAAGAUAUGGAGUUUUCAAAGGAUUAU